GUCAAACAUGCUGCAAAGUGUGGUUUUCCCUGGAGAUACAUAGUAUACCAGCCCCACCAGAAAAAACUCUGGCUAUCAAAUGUACAGUUUUGGAGACCACUGUUAUUGGAAUUCCUAUAACUAAUCCCACAAAUGACAUUUUGCCAUUAGAUGUGGUGCUGAAAGAUGCUGCUGUACUUACCGGUGAAAGCAAACUUGUUCUUCAGCCAAAAGAAACAUUUCACUAUGAAGUAAAGUACUCUCCAGCUGUUACUGGCAACUCAGAUGGAAGCAUUAUAUUCCUGUCAGAGAAAGCUGGAGAGUUUUGGUAUGCCCUGAAACUGAACGCACAGAAACUUCGGCCAACAACAAUGCCUGAAGUAGAGUGCGAGCUUGGAAAAUGGGUCCGCCAGAAUAUCCGUUUGGUUAAUCCCACGUAUGAAAUUCUGGAACUCAAACCUUCAAACAACAAUCCAGCCCAUUUUUCAUUGGAAAUAGACCCCAAAGACUGUGUUAUUGUAGCUCCUCAUUCCACUGCUGAACUACCAGUUCAAUUUUGUCCUUCAGCCCUAGGAAGAACCGAUCACACUGCAAGAAUCAUUUUCACAUGCCCGCAGCUUGAGGAAUGGGUAUUUUUCUUGUCUGGAGUGGGACUGAUACCUCAGCCAAUGGAACCAGCUAGUGUCAGUUCUUGCCUUGGACAUCAUUCUUCUAUCAUCAUAAACUUCAAGAAUCCUACAUUAGAAGACAUAGUGGUGGACGUCUUUUUAACAGAUCCGGAACACGUCAUGCAUCAUCCCAGUGUAUCUGUGUUCCACCAUUCCAGCAAGGAUUCUGUUUUCUGGCUUCCACUGAAACAAAAGCAAGGAAUCCUUUUGCCUCCAAAGAGCAAGCUAGAUAUUCCGGUAUUGUUUGCACCUUAUUCCAUGAAACUAUAUGAAGUUGUGCUUGUUGUUCAAGUUGAGAAACUGGAUGGUGGAGACUGGUCUUAUGAUGAUACUCUUGACUUAAGCAAAGUAUUCAACAGAAAUACUAUAAUCACUGAGAAUGAAAAGAUCAUGGGACUUCGCUGGAUUUAUCCAAUUCAUGGACUCCCUGAAGCACCACCCUAUAAAUCAACACCAGCUGUGGUGCGCUGCCAAGCUCGUAGUAGAGUGGAAGAAAGAGUAGAAGUCCUGUUAACUGGUGUGGUUCCUGGAACAACUAGUUCACAAACCAUUCAUAACUCUGUAACUCCUUCCAAGAGCAGCAGCAUUCGUGCUGAAGUUCAAGUCACUGAAGGUUUCUCUACAACAGAUGAAUUUAUGUAUGACAUUGAAUUUGAAUCAGAAAGAGUGAAAUCUCAGCUGAAGUCUGCAGUCGCUAUAAACUUGGUGAACAAAGACCGGGAUCUGAAAACUGGAAUCGUGACCCUGAUCUUCAAUAUAGUAUUUGCACCCUCCAAACCAUUAAGGAACCCAGCAACAUUGGUGGUACAGCGCAGCGCAGGUGGCAUUUGGAAGUUUCCCAUCCUGUUCAUUGCCACUGAUCCAGAAGUAGAUGAUGUCAUCAAUAUUGAAGCAGUUGGUUUAAACAAAGAAUCUGUAAUUAGCUUUAGGCUUACAAGCCAAACAAGGCAUCCAGAUCCCUACACAGCAUACUUCCUCCCAGGCAGUGAUCCAGAAUUUGUUGUAUCCCCUCAAGCGGGCGAGUUGCUUCCACUUGACACACCAGGCACCUGCCUAACUGUUGGAUUCAAGCCCAGUAUGUAUAGCAAGAAACAUAAAGCAACACUGGUAAUACAGACAACAGCAAUGCAGUGGAUGUAUGAAAUCAAUGGCUUGCCCCCUCAGAGUGUGCCACCAACGUCAUCAGCAAAAGUGGAUUGCAGGAAUACCUCUGUGAGAUUGGCGACAGUGCAGCAACGCAACUUUGUGCGUGAAAAUAUGAAGUUGUUGUCCACUGGGGUGUCUUCCACUGUCAAAGGAGCCCCUCUAGUUUUAAGAGCAAAAUAAAACCAUGCCUUUUUUAUGCAAAAAUUAUAUUUUGUGGAACAAAUAUUCAUGCAGGAUAAGUACUUUAUGCAAAUUAAUAUAUACCUGAAUUGUAGAAGAAUAAAUUCUGUACCAGUUAUGAUUAUGAGUACAGUGGUGCCUCACUAGACGAUGAUAAUCUAUUCCACU